UUGAUGCGCCACAAAACUUUUUACGGUUGGCCAGUUAUCGGGGAAAUGAGAAAUAAAGAAAAACAAAAAAAAAAUUAAUUAGAAAACAAAUUAGAAGGAAGAUUCUUGAGAAUGUCAAGGAAGAAAAAUCGGAAAAUUAUAAAGAGCUUUUGGGUUUUAUUAAAAAGGUCGCCGCGGCAUGAAAUUGAUAGAAAGUGACAAAUUGUUUUUAUGAAUUAUGCAUUUAUUUAAUAAUUUAUUGAGCUAAUUAGGUAGAUAAAUAAUUUAGUUAGUUUAUUGUUGUUGGGAAGGGAAAAAUUUUUGUUUUGGAUAACUUCGAGUACUAACAAACAGAGGUGGGUCAGAAUUCCGAGUUCCGACUUUUGAGCUAGUUCCGAUUUCCGGCUCUUCCGAUUUCCGACACCUCUGACUGUUCUGACCCACUUCUGCUAACAAAUAGGAACGACGUCUUUAACAGCCACCUUCUUUGAAAUUGUACGAGAAAGAGCCGUGGGAUUUUAUAGAGUGAACCUUCACCAAUUGACCAUAUAAGGAGGAGCUAUCCAAGAUUCUUGGUAUUGAGACCCGACUCAAGACUUUUUGGGGGUUUUUCAGUUCCGACACCUCUGACUGUUCCGACCCACCUUUGCUGCCAAAUAGGGACAAAGUCAAAUCUUGGUCUAGAGUCUUGGAAAAUUUCAGGUCUUGGACAGCUCUAAAGGAAUUUGUAAACAAAGAGGACAUGAGCAGGAACUUCAAAGGAAAUUUAAAAUUUGAAAGAAUCUCCAUCUAUUUGUUUUUUAGGUGUUCAACGGCUCUCGAAGAAGUACUCGAAAAAAGAAGAACGUUAAAUUUUUCUUUUAAAAUAAGGAGUGCUAAGAGAAGGUUUAUUGCCAAAUCUGAAAGCAAUGAAUGCUUUUAAAGGGCAAAAGCAAGAAAAGGUGCUUAUAUGUAAAGCUUAUUUGGGCAUAAAUGUUCCAUCGAUUGUUUGUUUUCUCGCCAUGCUUUUCCUUUUAAGGAAAGAGAGACAGCUGGCCAAAAGACGAAGUACAUGGAUACGAGGCGGGGUGAAGGGGGGAGGGGAUGUGGUGGAUACGAGGCGGGUGGUUGUGAAGGGGUGGUGAUUCCACUUUAUUUAUGUGGCACUUGUUUCAUUCUUGACCUUUCUCUCUUAUUUUCUAAAGUGAGGUUUAGGAGUCGGUUACAUAGCUAC